CCAACCCAAUCACUCACCCACUCACCCACUGAUUCUUGACUCUACCCUGGUCUCUUCAGUUCUCAGCUGGUUGCACAAACCCAACGUCAAACUUGACCUCGUGCGUGGCUUUGUUACCCCCAGGGUGCUUCACGGUCCACCUGGGUCGGCUUUCGGCGGUUCCCGAACGCCAUUCCCCUCGCAACCUGCGCACGUGUGUUGCCCUGUGCUUCUGUGCCAGUGCAAACUCGGUCGUUACACGCUACACGUGCCCGAUGAUUGUGCGUCAACAAAGGCCUACGUGAUGUAAGAGAGGGCUCAAAAUCGGAUUGAUACUGCGCGCGUGCGUACAGAAUCAGAGUGGUGAUAUUUAUGUAUAUUACACUGGAGGAAUCCGUGUGCAUUGAUAUUUAGUAUUUUUAUUCCACUGCGUGUACGUCAUGUAUUUAAAUACAUACCAGCGACCGGGCUAUUUACUUGGUUUACUGAAAAAAAAAUUAGGUUCCUGUAAUUGUUUAAAUGAGACUUAAAUUAAUGUACAACGUCAGGCUGACCCUCCACUAGAUUGUAACUGAUUUCUGUCACGGAUCCCGGCUCGAAGAACAAGGGGGUUGAGGAAGUGGUUGGCACGACGCUCGUCCGCCUUUGUCUCCCCAGCGCCGGCACAUCAUACAAAGACAGAGAACCACACCCUAUCGCCUUGAUAGACCGUUGGGGCAAGUGCUGUUAGCGAGGAGCAGCACCUAUUAAGGCCGGCGCUGUGGCUCACUAGGGGGUGGGUGGCCAGCAUCAGUCGUCCACGACGUGAAUAUCGCAUUUGCUUCAAGUAAAAUCUGACUCUGCUGGUAGUGAGAAACUGAAUGUUGAAACCGGUCCAGAGUUGUCCACGUGUUGAAACACCACUGCGGAUGAUGCAAUGCGCCUCUCAGCCAAAUCCGUUCAAGCGGAUCGGAUUUCAACCGAUGGGAUGUCUAAAAUAAAUGUGUGUUGUAUAUAUACUUUCCUAUCGUGUUGUUUCAUGUGGUGAGACGAGUGCGAGAGUAGAAGAGGUGGCAUUAAUGGUUCAUCACGUUGCGCCCCUGAAAUCCCUUCCUUUCUCGUCCGUGGGAUGACGGGGAGGCGGCGGCUAUGUUAAUGAUACGGUGACGUGCCGUCCACUUUCUUUCAAAGCGAAACUGCGCCCUCUCCUCCCUCCCUUCUCCUCUCCCUCCCCCAAACCCCAGCGUCCAUCCCUCGGCCUGUUCAAUCCACCCCACCACACAGAGAGACAGACAGAGGGAGGAAGAGACGGUUCCUCGCACACACAGACAAUCACACUCAGUCACUCCGCGCGUAUUUCUCCCUGUACUGACACACGCACUAACACCUAUGACAUUGCAAUCAAGAAAGCCUCGGAUAUAUUAUCUUGAGCUUGUACAUAUAUAUUUACACACACACACACGCGUGUGUAGAGAGAUAGAGUCCGCGUGUUUAAUUAUGUUUUGAGUCCGCAAACACUUCACUGUAGUAUAGCGUAUAUAUUGUACCAGUUCUAUUGCAUAUAUAUACACACACGCACAGAGACAACACACUGAUACGCUUUAUAGCCAUGCGGCAGGCACGUUAGGCUUGCAAGCGGCUCGCGGAGCAACAGAAGAUAUCCGUACGUACAUCUGUGCGUACGCGCGCGCGUGUGUGUGUGUCUGUGCCGUGCAGUGUGCGUGCCCUUGUGUGUGCGUUUCUCGUGUCCCUACACUCGGGAAGGACGAGAGAUCGAGAGAGAGAGAGAGAGAGAGAGUGGGAGGAGGGGGCCCGAGCUGAUUUGUUUUUUUUUUGCCAUCGAGAAGAUGCCUGCGUUCGUUUCGACGCCGCCCCGAGUCUCGGAGAAUUCGCCGUUGCACAUCGCAAACCGCCGCGGCAUCCACUAGCGAAGGCAGCAAGAGAGUGAGAGAGCGAGAGACGAUUUGCAGCGGCCAGCAACAACGAAAUAAAUCAGCGGGGGGCGGCGAUCGGCGGUCGGCCCGAGUUUGAAAUCUCUCGAGAAGUUUUUGAACCCGGAGAGAGCGCGUGAGCUAAAAGUCGCGCAGAGUCGGCGUCGUUCUCUCUCCUCUCGUUAAUUCACGAGCACCAGUGUCCGCCGAUGCACCUCGGGGUUGGUGGCGUUUCGCUUUCUUGUCCUGCACAGCAGAAGAUCUUUACAGUUACGGGCAACUGAGGAAGAGGAGGAGGAGUAGGGCAGUCGCCGUUGUGAUUGUCCAAUGAUCGUCCGCUCCGACGAGCUGUCAGCCGAUGCUUCUGUACCGCUGUCACUGCUGGAUGGGUGUGAGCGGUGAGACGUGAUUUCACCUCGGCCCGUUCCACGGCGACUAUUGCCUCGCCUGUCACCGCUCGACGGCGAUCUCGCGGCCACGACUCGGCGACGGACAACAAGGAGCGAGAAGAGAGCGACAACCGGGUUCACAAUAACAAACAGUCAACAACAACAACACGUGCGUGCGCGCGUGCGUGCGCGCUCCAACAGCGAGACAUGACUUAAGCGAAACUUCUUUGACGCGCGCAGAGUGACUGGGCACAACAAGGACAACAACGACAACAACAGCAACGACAAGGACAACAACAACACGACUUGUUUACCGACAAAAUAGAUCGUCGCCGUCGCGAUGAAGGAUAAGACAAAGAACGCCGCGAGGACUCGGCGGGAGAAGGAGAACGGGGAGUUUUAUGAGCUCGCCAAACUGCUGCCUCUCCCGUCCGCGAUCACCUCGCAGCUCGACAAGGCAUCCAUCAUCCGCCUCACCACUAGCUACCUCAAGAUGCGCUCCGUCUUCCCCGAAGGUCUGGGCGAGGCGUGGGGUCAUACUGCCCGGAGCAGUGCCCUUGACAAUGUGGGCCGAGAGCUGGGUUCACAUCUGCUGCAGACGCUGGACGGAUUCAUAUUCGUGGUGGCUCCGGACGGCAAGAUCAUGUACAUCUCGGAGACGGCAUCGGUCCACCUGGGCCUCUCUCAGGUAGAAUUGACAGGGAACAGUAUUUUUGAGUACAUCCACCCGGCCGAUCACGACGAGAUGACGGCCGUGCUGACCUUCCACCAGCCCUUCCACUCCAACUUCGUGCAAGCGGAGCUGGAGAUCGAGCGAUCGUUUUUCCUGCGCAUGAAAUGCGUCCUGGCCAAGCGGAACGCGGGGCUCACGUGCGGAGGAUACAAGGUGAUCCACUGCAGCGGCUACCUGAAGGUGCGUCCGUGUGCGCUCGACGUCUCUCCGUUCGAGGCGUGCUACCAGAACGUCGGCCUGGUGGCCGUGGGCCACUCACUGCCGCCCAGCGCCAUCACCGAGAUCAAGCUGCACACCAACAUGUUCAUGUUCCGUGCCUCGCUCGACAUGAAGCUCAUCUUCCUCGACUCGCGGGUGUCGGCGCUCACGGGCUACGAGCCGCAGGACCUCAUCGAGAAGACGCUCUACCACCACGUGCACGGCUGUGACGUGUUCCACCUGCGCUACGCCCACCACCUGCUGCUGGUGAAGGGCCAGGUGACCACCAAGUACUACCGCUUCCUGGCCAAGCGGGGCGGCUGGGUGUGGAUGCAGAGCUGCGCCACCAUCGUGCACAACAGCCGCUCGUCGCGGCCGCACUGCAUCGUCAGCGUCAACUACGUCCUCACGGACGUGGAGUACAAGGACCUGCAGCUCUCCCUGGAGCAGAUGCACGCCCGCAAAGUGGCAAGCGAGCUGGCCAGCACCGACGCGCAGCAGCAGCAGCAGCAGCCCGAGGGCCGGCGGCCGGCCAAGGGGCGCUCCGCCAAGCACCGGGGCAAGCCCCGCGCGUCGCCCUACCCACAGACGCACCACACGACCUUCUACUCCGAGAGGGGUGACUCGGACCGCGAGAGCCAGUGGGAGGAGCAGUCGUGCGCCGAGUCCCCUCCGCCCCUCGGCACGCCGUUCCGGGACGCAGCCUAUGCCAGCACGCAGCACACCUACACGCUGUCCCACCCCGACACCGCCACCACCACCAUCUCCUCGUUGUCCUACGAGGACCCGCACCCGGCCUUCGCUUCGUCGGAGCCGGCGCUGGGCUCCUACCCGCAGUACGACGCCAGCCCCCUGCGGGGGCCGCUGGGCCAGCACGGCCGCUACCACUGCCCCUCCUCCUCUUCGUCCUCCUCCUCGGCGGCAGCCGCGGCCGCCAGCGCCGCCGCCGCCACCGCCGCGGUCGCCGCGGCCGCGCUCACCGCGGCCGUGCCAGCGGCCCCCUCCGGCGUGACGGCCGACGUGGAGUCGGAGUGCCGGUGGCAGGCGGUCCGCUCCGGGUUUUACGCGCUGCGCGCCGGCGGGGACGCGAGGCAUUCGUACGGCAGCGGCGGCGGUGGGGUCAUCGCCCCUCCCUCACACGCCAUGCCCUUCCACGCAGCGCACGGAAGCAACGGGUGGCGUGGGGUGGACCACGCUGGGCUCAGCUUGGCGGACGAUUACACGAGCGAGGUGUAUCAUCAUCAGCAGCAGCAGCAUCAGCAGCAGCAACCGAGUCGCAUUGAAUCACUCAUCCAAGCGACGCAACAGAUGAUUAAGGAAGAGGAGCAGAGGCGUCUGGCUCCUUCCAAGAAGACGUCUUCGUCUGUCGCCAAAUUCCCGAGCCCGUCAUCGACGUCGUCGCUUGAGGGAUCUCACGGAGGAGGUGGCGGCGGUGGCGGUAAUGGCAAUACCUACGCCAGCUGUUCACCGCCCACGAACCAUCAUCAUCAUCAACAGCAGCAGCAACAACAGGCACAAAGGCAUCACCACCACCAGCAACAACAACAACAGCAGAACCAUCACCACCAUCAGCAGCAGCAACAGCACAGCUCCUCGCAAACCGUGCUGGACUACUCGCGAAUCCAACCGUCCACCCACUCCCCUCCGCAGACGCUCGCCUACGGCAAGGCAGCGGCCGCGGCGGGCGGCCUCUACGCCCGCGACUUCAAGCCGGCGGCGUACGAGGGGUCGGCGGGCGACGCCGACCACCACGGCUCGCCGCCGGAGCUCCGCGAGCGGUUCCACCGCGGCGGGCCCGGCGACGCGGCCGCCCGGCACGACCGCGGCUCGCCGGCCGACGUCGCGGCGGGCGCGGGGGAAGCGGAGCAUUCCCCCUGCGCCUACUCGGGCUACGGCGCCGCCUCGAGGCACGCCUGCUACGGCGCCGCCGGCAUCGUCGCGGGCGGCGCCCCCGGGACCCUCGCCGGCGGGGGCGGCGGUGCGGCGGACGGGAAGGCCGGAGGGUUCUCGCUGUCGGGGUACGGCGAGAGGACGGGCUUCGACGCCGCCGGGAUUCAUCACGGCCACCACGGACACCUGCAGCUCAACGGGACGUCGGUGAUCAUCAUGAACGGAAGAUAGUUUCCUGGCCGGGAUUUUAUUUUUUUUUCGUCUCAUCCCCCCCGGGCUGGGUGAACCGCGGAGCGACUCGUGGUCUCGCCGCCGCCGCCACCGCCGUUAGUUUCGUGGGACGCGACUGGCCCGGGGAUGCGUUUUGCACUUCGCCUGCAAGUUGGAUAGCGCUGGCGGGUGGGCGGGCGGCGGCGGUCGGGUGGACAAAGCGCCGUUGAAAUCAAGAGAGAGGUUAAUAUAAUGGUUGGGGAGAAGACGUCGAUCAAACGAUGUGGCUCGUGUGGAAUAGCGGUGGCGUCCACAGACGGAGAGAUUUCGAUGCCAGUGGAUCGAGAGGACUGUUCAGAGACUCCCCGAGUAUAAAUGUACAAUUUAAUGAGACCUGUAUUAUUAUUGUUGAUAUUUACUUUUUAUUAUUUUAUCAGAAAACGGAGUAGCUGCAAUUGUUUUGGGUCACGUUGGAAAAAAAAAACUAAAAAUGCGAGGGGGAGAAACGAAAUUAACUCUGUCCAUAUUCAAAGCCACUUUGUUGCAUGAGUUGAUGGCAUUUGAUGUUCACUUUUGAAGGCCCAACAUCCAAGAAUACUUGGAGAAUAUCACCGGUUAUAAGGCUACAAGAUGCCCCCCCCCCCCCUUUAUUCUAUAAAGUGCGAACUUCAUCAAUAAACCGAUGCCUGAGGUUGUAUU